GUUUAGACAUUUGAUUUGAGGUGUUUCAUACAAUGUUAUUUUCUUCUUUAUAUGAUUUUAGCAAUGCUAACUGGCUACAUUUAAAGCAGAGUUUGAUCAGUCCACCUUAACAGCAGGAGCGCGAGAUACCGAAACUACCCUAAACUUCCUCCAGUGGUUUAGACUCCAGACUUUAACAGGGAUUUCUAGCGUUCUCUGUUUUGUUGCUCUCUGCCUGUGUACACUGGUCACAACAACGUUUAUUAACAUUAACUAAUGAAUUACUCGAGUCUUAAUUCCGCCGUAAAUGUGGAAAACAGUCGACCUGUGGAUCUGAUGGGAGCGGUGUAGCGGUGUAACGUUAAUCAUCAGAUAAAUCUGUUUGGCUGUAACACCACCGAGCCAAAGACAUGGCUUCUCUCGCCACCCAGUUUGAGGAUUUGAAGAAAAAAGCAGAAUCAUGUCUGUCCACAUCCGGCUCAGUCCAGGAGGCUAAACCCUUCAUAACAGCCAUGGCAGAAAUGGCAAUGCCACUGUCCAGCCGGUACCAGCACAUCUCUGUUGAUAGCAUCAUAUCAGACAACAUCUCAGGAAACCAACAACAGGAAAUUGUGGAUUCCCUCAACCUCAUAGUGAAAGCUCUGAGCAUCCUGGAGAAGUACGCCUGCAACUUACUGAAUCCCAACAGACCCAAAUACUGGCGCACUGUAAAAUUCAACAAUCCGGUGUUCAAGGCUUCAGUGGACAUUUUAAAGGGUGGCAGAAAUGUGUUGAUGCUAUAUGGAUACACAUUUCAGCUGGAGGACGGCCUGAGCUUUCCUGAUGAUGUCACAGCUCCUGAUGUGCACACGGUUUCAGUGGUGGCCACAGAGGUCAUGACUCUGAAAAUAGAGUUGGACCUGCUCAGUAAGGGCAUUCACGCACACCCUGAGUUUUUUGAGAAGACUAUUCCAUCACUUCAACUCAUAGAGAAAGAAAAGGUUGAUCAAGAUCCUGUGACAGAUGCUGUGGCCAUUCCACCUGUCCCUAAACCCCGGACAGGUUUGGUGGCAGCAAAGACAAUUGUACCCCCAUCAGACCCCCUAAAACUCUUAAGCACCCCAGACACCUCAAUGUGUGACAUCUGUGGGGGAAAGCCAUGUGUUCUCUGCCAACCCUGUGGAUCUCAAACUUUCUGUCAGAAAUGUGACACUAUGGUCCAUCUUCAUCCCCAGAAAAACAAGCAUGUGAGAAGUCAGAUUAGAAAACAAGAGAAGUGUGGUAUCUGUGGAAUCUUCCCAGUUUCAGCAUGCUGUGAGACCUGUGCUCAACAACUCUGUGCUCAGUGUGACACGCUGUACCACUCACACCCAAACAGAGCAGGACAUAAAAAAGUAAACUCAGGAGUCACAACACCACAGAGUGUGAAACCCUGCUUGAAUACUGCUACUGGAUCUGCUGGACCUGAGGAUUCAUUGGACUGGGAGUGUACGAGUUGUACAGUAGUGAACUUGGCCAGCAGCGUGCUGUGUGAAGUGUGUGAGCGCCCCCGUCUUGCCAGACAGGCCACUCUAACACAGUCAACACGGUGGGAAUGCCAAAGGUGUACCUUUAUUAAUGUGAAGGGUGAUGAGUGUGAGAUGUGUUUGGCCCCUCGGGAGAACACAACUGCGGUGGAAAGCAAGCUGUUUAUUAGGGGCUUUACUGCUCCCAGCCUCCGACCAGCCAGGGAUGAAGAUGUAACUGGAAAUGACUCUCAGACUAAACUCACAUCUAUAGACAUACAGAAAAUGGACCAUAUGAGGGAGGAUGGAUUAAAACUGCUCCAUCAGCUCAAGGAGGGAGAAAAGAGAAAGCUGGAUCCAGAGGAGGUGUGUGCCGCCUUUCAGAUGUCAAACGGCAGUAACUGUUUCGACUGGCUGCAGUCUGAACUUCCGCAUCUUCUAGACGAAAUUUGUGCUCUAGCAUCGUCAGUGCAGCCAGAAAGUGAAACAGAACCUUCUGGAAGAGAGGAUCAGGUCCUGCUGUCCAGGACCGAGGCCAAGCAGGCAUGGGUCAGUUCUGGAGGAAACACUCAGAAGGCUGUUGCAAACAUCCUGAGAAACAGAGCAGAAAAGCUGCGUCUGCUCAGGACACUGGGAUUUGUCGACAGGUUAGCGUGCGAGAAGGCACUUUCCAUGAGUGGGGGAGAUCUAGAUGGUGCUCUUUCUCAUCUACAGCGGCCACUGCUGGAACAUUUCCAUCAGAACAUCUGGAAAAAGCAGCCACAGAUCUAUUUUAACAUCAAUCAUCAAGAUAAAGACCGGCUGUACCGCAGGCUGCUAGGCCUGUAUAAUCUACCCAGCUGGGGUCGAAGCCAAAUGGCUCUGACCUUGCUCCAAGAGCCUGAUGCUGAAUAUUCAGUGGAGGAUGUGAUUCAGGCAGUGAGGGAACACCAUGACAAAGACUUCAUCAACCGCAUCCUCAAAAAGGAGUGUCAAAUAUGCUAUGCCAGCUUUCCUCAGAGAAAGAUGCAGGCUCUGACCUUCUGCCAGUGCUCCAUGUGCAGCGAGUGCUUCAUACAGCACUUUACGGUGGCUCUGAGGGAUAAACACAUCAGAGACAUGGUGUGUCCAGUGUGUGAGGAGCCAGAGAUUAAUGACCCUGAAGCCCUGGAGACGUACUUUUUCACUCUCGACGUGCAGUUAAGAUUGAAUUUAGAACCUGAAGUGUAUGAUCUGUUCGGUAAGAAGCUGAUGGAACACACUCUAAAGAAGGAUCCCAAGUUUCUGUGGUGUUGCCAUUGCACCAAUGGCUUUAUUUAUGAGAAAGAUGAGCUCAAAGUUACUUGUCAGAAUUGCCGCAAAAGCUUUUGUUCCAAGUGCAAAAAAGCUUGGGAGGAUCAACAUGAAGGUCUUACAUGUAAUGACUUUCAGAAGUGGAAGAGAGAGAACGAUCCAGAAUAUCAGAAGCAAGGCCUGGUUGGAUUUCUGCGGGAAAAUGGCAUCAAAUGUCCCAGCUGUAAAUUUCAGUAUGCUCUGGCUAAAGGUGGCUGCAUGCACUUCACCUGCAGUCAGUGCAGAUACGAGUUCUGCUGUGGCUGCAACAACCCUUUCCACAAGAAACCAUGUCCAGGUAAUCAGUGUAUAUCAAAGGGUUUUCAUGCCCACCAUCCACGAGACUGCCUCUACUACCUGAGGGACUGGGAGCCAGUCAGACUGCAAGCCUUACUACAGAAACACAAAGUGGAAUUUAAUACCGAUCACCCUGAUGGGACAGGAAAUGGUUUGUGUGGAGUGAUGGAGCAGAAAGAAGGUGGGCAGGCGUUGGAUGAUGCAUGUGGAAUUCAAGUCGAGGAAGGCCAUGCAGGGCUUUGCGAUAAACACUACCGGGAGUACCUGGUCAGUCUGAUCAAUGCCCACUCUCUCGAUCCUGCUGAUCUGAUGGAUAAAGAUGAAAUAGUCAAUACGUGUAAAAGACACCAUAUAUACUCUGAAAAAGAGGAAGAGGAGGAUGAUGAGGCAUAUCACAACAGACUGCAACAGAAAUUAAUGGAGAUUCCCCUGGGUGAAAAAGUUUCUCGAACAAUAUAAAAGAGAAUGAUUCGUUCAACUUUUAGAUUUAUCUGAGCGAAAACAAAUAUUCAAAUAUAAAUGAAAAGAUGGACAUAAAUAAAUACAGAGAUAAAACACCUGUUUACCCAAAAAUUUAAAAAUAAUGGGAUAUAUUAUAUUCUUUACUUCUUAACAGUGCACUAAAUUGAAUUAAAUUAAAUUAGCACAUUUUACUAAUGAAUUAUGUCCAAAUAUUUACUCUUUCUCGCUUUCUUUUUUCUCUCUCUCUUUCUCUCUCUGGGGGAUAAUAGAUAAAUAAAUUAAAAGGUGGAGAUGAAUUAAUAGAUAUAUAAAACCUCAUGUUUUCCUAUUAUUUUUUUAAAAGAAUGGGAUAUAAGAUAUUCUUGACUUAUUAAGACUGCACUGAAUUAAAUUAAAUGAAUAAAUUCUACUAAUUGAAUAUGCCACCAUUUUAACUCUCUCUCUCUCUCUCUCUCUCUCUCUCUCUCUCUCUCUCCUUCUGGGGAGAUAAUAGAUAAAUAAAUUAUUAUUUUUUGACACAUUUUUAUUAUUAUUAUGACACAUAUUACUAAUUGAAUAUGCCAAAAUUUUAACUCUCUCUUUUUCACACACUUUCAUAAUGUAAUGCAUUUCCUAUUACACUUGUGUGUGAAAAUGUUUUAGUUGUUUUGUGAGAAAACUGCAUAAUUAUUAAAAAUGUCAUUAAUCAUGUCUAUUAACAUUUUAACAUUAAAAUCCUGUUGCAUUGUUUGAUGAUGUGCAAUUCCAUAACAAUCUAGUCCAUUAAGCUGUUUAUUUAUUAUUAUUUUUUAUAUUUUAAAAGAAGCAUCUUCCUGAAGAAGACAUGAAACAAUGAAAUGUCUUGUCAUGUUUUAGCUGAUUCUCUAUGUACAGGCUGAACAGGAUAAAGUAUUUUUAGAAUGAUUUCCAUUACUGUUUGUAUGUACAGCUUUUUGAUGGGUAACCUUGAGGCAACCUGAUGAAUUUGUCUAACAGAAGCACAGUGGUUAUAAUGUCUGGAUGUCUGUAAUCAAAAUGUCAGAGAGAGGUUUCUAUAGAGUGUGUGUGUGGGUGGAAGCAGCUGAAAAAUAUAAUCAGAGCAGAUGAGGCUCUCAGAGGUAUUUUUUAGUCUAAUUGAGUACUUUAGGGUUUUCGAGCAAAUUUUGAUUUUACAGUAAUGGCAUACUGCCAAUUAUUUUAAUAUUCUUAUAUAACAUUCCCAUGGUGCUUGGCUUGUUUUGUCUAUCAGAAAAUAAUUGACAAUGAACAAUAAACAAUGAAAUGAAUGUUAUGCAGUCUCUUCUGUGCAUGUUGAUUGUGUAAAUGCCAGUAAUUGUGAAGGGCACGCCAGAAUGUGGUAGAGGAAAUAAGAGACUGACAGCGCUGUAGGCAUUGGUGGGAUUGGUGAUGAAGAAGGGUUCCUUGUGGAUGGGCUUGGUGAUGGAGUACAUCACCACAGUAUCUUAUAAAAGUGAGUACACUUUUUUUUUAUUGUAUCUCUUUUUUUUUUACAGGAUUUCACUGAAGAUAUGUUACUUUGAUACAAUGUUAAAUAGUCCAUGUGCAGCUUGUUUAACGGUGUAAAUUUGCUGUUCCAGUCCAAUCCAGUAAUCAGAUUAAAGUUACUUAUCCAAGUCA